AUAUGUAUAGAUCCAUUAUAGAAAAAAGUCCAGUGAUCAUGAAUGAGAACGGCGAUACAGAUAGUUUCAGAAUAGAAAAAAAUGAAACUCUUAAUGAAAAAGUUAACUCUGUUAAUGAUAAUAAAUUCAAUAACAUUCUUAACGAAGAAUUAAUGAAAACUCCGCGUUUAGAAGACAAUAAAGAUAGUGAAAUAUCAAUUAUAUUAACAGUAGAUGAAAUCAAGUUUAUAUGGAAAAUAUUUCUUUCAUUUGGGAAUUCUCAUGAUAUUAAUGUUAAUGUCAUUGAAUCAAGGAAAAAUAUACUACAGUUCAACAGAUACGACAUAUUUAUGACUCUUUCAGGAGGUGAAGAACAGUUGAAGAGCACAAUAGAUUUAUUAAAAUCGGUCAUUUCACAAGUAGACUUAAAAAUUGUUGAAAAAAAGAAUUUUUCAAGUUUUGAAGAAUCUAAAGAUAUAUGGAUUCCAAGGCAUAUUUCGGAUUUGGAUUUUUGCAACCAUUUGCAAACUAAAUUCGAUCCAAGUAUAGAUUCUAAUCAUCCUGGCUUCUAUGAUUUGGAAUAUAGAGAGAGACGUCAACAUAUAGCAUCCUUGGCUUUCUCUUAUAAACAUUCGCAAGAAAUACCUAACGUUGUCUAUACUGAGCAAGAAAUACAAACUUGGUCUCAUGUUUACAGAAGCUUGAAAAAACUGUAUCCAACUCACGCUUGCCUACGGUUUAAUCAAAUUUUUGCUAAAUUGGAGGAGGGUUGCGGCUAUUCUGAACACAAUAUACCGCAAUUGAACGACGUUUCUUUGUUUCUUCAAAAAAGCUCUGGCUUUAGAUUACGUCCAGUUGCAGGUUUGUUAUCCCCUCGUGAUUUUUUAUGCAGCUUGGCUUUUAGAGUGUUUCAGUGUACACAAUAUGUUCGUCACCAUGAUCGUCCGGAGCAUACUGUAGAACCGGAUUGUAUUCAUGAAUUAAUUGGCCAUGUACCUAUGCUUUGCGAUCCAUAUUUCGCAAAGUUUUCUCAAGAAAUUGGAUUGGCGUCAAUAGGAGCAAGUGAUAAAGAUAUUGAAAAAUUAUCAACUCUUUAUUGGUUCACAGUAGAAUUUGGUCUAUGCGGAGAAAAUGGUGAAACUCGAGCCUAUGGAGCCGGACUACUCUCAGCGUUUGGUGAGUUGAAACACGCCUUGAGCGACGUCCCCGAAAAGCGUCCUUUCUCUUUGGAAGAAAUAUCCACACAAAUCUACCAAGAUCAAGAUUACCAACCACUCUAUUUUGUGGCUGACAGUUUCGAGAAUAUGAUGGAAAAGCUUUUGCAAUAUUCUUCAACUAUUCAAAGACCUUAUCAAGUCCAAUACGAUUCCUAUACACAAUCCUUAGUUUUGCUUAACAAUACGGAUAUCAUCAAUAAAACAAUUCAAUCUAUUGAUGAUGAAUUAGCUCGACUGAAAGAGUACCUGAAUAUUACCAUUUGACAUAUUCUAUUCAAUGAUC